GCCAGUCCGCUGUUGGCUGUCGCUUCCUGCUCCUGCCGCUUCCACUCCGAGGAAUCCUUGUAACCCCGCCAGCAUGUCUCAGGCUGAGUUUGACAAAGCUGCUGAGGAGGUUAAGCACCUCAAGACCCAGCCAGCAGAUGAUGAGAUGCUGUUCAUCUACAGCCACUACAAACAAGCAACUGUGGGCGACAUAAAUACAGAUCGGCCCGGAAUAUUGGACUUCAAAGGCAAGGCCAAGUGGGAUGCCUGGAAUCAGCUGAAAGGAACUUCCAAGGAAAGUGCCAUGAAAGCUUACGUCGACAAAGUAGAAGAGCUAAAGAAGAAAUAUGGGAUGUAAGAGACUGGAUUUGGUUGCCAGCCACACAGUGAACCUAAAAUGAUAUAAUGCCUUUUUUUUCUUCUAAUACCAUGAAUGAUGUGAAGAGUGAAAAUAAUCAGUUAACCCAGUUUAUCAAGGCUUCCCAGUAUGUGGCUCUAACAAAGUAGGGGCAGAACUGAUGACUGACCCUCCCUGAAUAGUUUUUAUCUGAGAUUAUUAAAAGUAUGUUUGUUACUUGAA